UCUGAGUGGUGCAUCCCCGUUCCUUGGAGACAACAAACAGGAGACCCUGGCCAACGUGUCGGCGGUGGAUUACGAGUUCGACGAGGAGUACUUCAGCAACACCAGUGGCCUGGCCAAAGACUUCAUCAAGAGGCUGCUCAUCAAAGAUCCCAAAAAAAGAAUGACUAUUCAGGACAGCCUUCAGCAUCCCUGGAUCAAGCCAAAGGACACACAACAGGCACUUAGUAGAAAGGAGUCUGCUGUGAACAUGGAAAAGUUUAAGAAGUUUGCCGCGAGGAGAAAAUGGAAGCAAUCUGUGCGGCUCAUCUCGCUGUGUAACCGUCUGUCGCGUUCCUUCCUGUCCAGAAGCAACAUGAGUGUGGCGCGCAGUGACGACACACUGGAUGAGGAAGACUCCUUUGUGAUGAAGGCCAUCAUCCACGCCAUCAACGAUGACAACGUGCCUGGCCUGCAGCACCUGCUGGGGUCCCUGACCAGCUACGACAUCAACCAGCCCAACAAGCAUGGAACGCCCCCCUUACUAAUUGCAGCUGGUUGCGGGAACAUCCAGAUCAUUGACGUGCUGAUGAGAAAAGGAGCCGAGAUCCAAGCUCAUGACAAGUCGGGUGCCAACGCUAUCUACUACGCAGCCAGGCACGGCCACAUCGAGACCUUGAAAUUCCUCCAUGAAAAGAGGUGCCCUCUGGACACCCAAGAUAAGUCAGGAGAGACGGCGCUGCACGUCGCCGCGCGGUACGGCAACGUGGACGUGGUGCAGUACCUGUGCAGCAUUCACGCCCACCCCGACCUGGUCGACAGGGAGCACGAGACGCCGUUGCACUGUGCGGCGUGGCACGGCUACUCGGCGGUGGCGCGGGCCCUGUGCGAGGUGGGCUGCAACGUGAACGCGCGCAACCGCGAGGGCGAGAGUCCCCUGCUGACCGCCUCCGCCCGCGGCUUCCGAGACAUCGUGGCCUGCCUGCUGGAGCACGGCGCCGAGCUCACCUCCACCGACAAGGACGGCCACACCGCUCUGCACCUGGCCGUGCGCCGCUGCCAGGUGGACGUGGCGAGGUGCCUGCUCGCCCACCGCUGUCCCGCCGACCACCAGGAUCGCCACGGAAACACUGCCCUCCACAUCGCCUGCAAGGAUGGCAACCUGCCCGUUACCAUGGCGAUCUGUGCAGCCAAGGCCAACCUGGACAUCCCCAACAAGUUUGGAAGGACCCCGCUGCACCUGGCGUCCAACAGCGGAGCUCUGGAGGUCGUGCGACACCUCUGCGUUGCCGGGGCCAACACAGACGCCGUCACCAACGACGGCAAGACGGCGGAGGACCUGGCCAGUGCAGAGGGUCACGAGCACAUCGCCCUCCUGCUGAGCAAACUGAAGAAGGACAACCAUAAAGCGGGCUACAUCCAGCAGCUGCGGCCCUCUCAGACGGCGCAGCCCCGCGUCAAGCUCAAGCUGUUGGGACACACGGGCUCGGGCAAGAGCACGCUGCUGGAGUCGCUCAAGUGCGGCAUCCUGCGCAGCUUCUUCAGGAGGCGCCGGCCCCGGAUGUCCAACACCGCCCGCCACCCCGCCUCCCCCAUCAACUCCAAACCUGCAGUCUCGGUGAGCAUAUCCAACCUGUACCCGGGCUGUGAGAACGUGAGCGUGCGGAGUCGCAGCAUGAUGUUUGAGCCCAGCCUGACCAAAGGGGUGCUGGAGGUGUUCAGCCCCAUGCACAACGCUCUCUCCUCGGCCGACGACCAGGCCACCAAGGCCAUCGACAUCCAGAACGCCAACGUCAACGGAGUGGGGGACUUCAGUGUGUGGGAGUUCUCUGGCAACCCGGUGUAUUACUGCUCGUACGACUACUUUGCGGCGAACGACAGCACGGCCGUCCACCUGGUGCUCUUCAGCCUGGAGGAGCCGUACGAGACGCAGCUCAACCAGAUCACCUUCUGGCUCAGCUUCCUCAAAGCCCUCACCCUGCCAGAGGACAACAUCGCGUUCGGAGGCAGGAUCAAGAACCCCCUGCAGGUGGCGCUGGUGGCCUCCCACGCAGACAUCGUCAACAUGCCCCGCGCCUUCGGAGGCGAGUUUGCCUACGACAAGGAGAGGUCACUGCUGAAGGAAGUCAGAAACAGGUUUGGCAAUGACUUGCGUAUAGCGGACAAACUCUUCAUCAUGGACACAGGAGCCUCCAACUCCAAAGACAUGAAACUGCUGAGAAACCUGCUCCUGGAGUUACGCAAUAGCAUCAUCUCAGCCUGUGGUCCCAUCACGCUGCUCUCAGAGAAGAUCCUGGCCGUGCUGCCCACGUGGCGCAAGCUGAACGGGCCCAACCAGCUCAUGUCCUGGCAGCAGUUUGUGCAGGACGUCCAGGAGCAGAUCAACCCGCUGGUCAGCGAGGAGGACCUGAGAGAAAUCGCCCAACAGCUGCACAGCAUGGGAGAGAUCAACAUCAUGCAGAGUGAGACGGUGCAGGACGUGGUGCUGCUGGACCCCCGCUGGCUGUGCAGCACGGUGCUGGGCCGCAUCCUGUCGCUGGAGACGCCCAAGGCCAUCCACCACUACCGCGGCCGCUACCGCCUGGAGGAGCUGCAGGACCUGGUGGCCGAGGGCGACGACGCCGACGAGCUCCUCCAGGUGCUGGACGCCAUGGACGUGUGCGCCCGCGACCUCAGCACGCCGGGCAUGGUGGACGUGCCGGCGCUGAUCCGCACCAGCGGCCUGCAGCGCUCCUGGACCGAGGAGGAGGACGACGACGACGGCGAGGGCGGCCAGAGCGACGCGCUGAUCUACGGCGGGGUGAGGAUCGUGCCCGCCGAGCACCUGGCGCCGUUCCCCUGCGGCCUCUUCCACAAGCUGCAGGUGAACCUGUGCCGCUGGAGCCGGCAGCAGCAGCAGAGGCCGGACGGGGAGGCCGAGGGGGCGGAAGGGGAGGGGGAAGCGGGCAGCUUCAACAUCUGCGACGAUGUGCGACUGUGGACCAACGGGGCCAAAGUGUCCCUGGAAUACGUCGAGGCCAUGGUGCUGCUGGUCAACCACGGGCAGGGCAUCGAGGUGCAAAUCCGCGGCCGGGAUUCGGAGCGGGCCCGGUGCUGUGCCCUGCUGGACACCAUCUGCAGCAUCGCAGAGGGCCUGUUGGCCACCACGCUGCCCGGCCUGCUGACGGUCAAGUAUUACCUGAGCCCCCAGCAGCUGCGCGAGCACCUCGGCCCCGUCAUGAUCUACCAGCCCAAGGACUUCUACAGGGCGCAGGCGCAGCGCGAGAGCUGGCUCACCAACACCAUGGGCGGCUACAGGGAGAGCUUCAGCAGCAUCCUGGCGUUCGGAUGCACGGACGUCCUGCGGCAGGGAAGCCUGGGCGCGCACGUGCACAUCUCCGACGUGGGCCUGCUGGCUCGCCGGAAGCUCUGCCGCAUGCUGGACCCGCCCGACGCGCUCGGCAAAGACUGGUGCCUGCUGGCGAUGAACCUGGGCUUGAGCGAGCUGGUCGCUAAAUACAGCGGGGCCUCGUCCGCCAACGGGGCCAGCCCCAGCGUCAGCCUGGCGAUGGCUAACGGUCUUCCGAACGGGCCCUUCGCGUCCGCGCUGGCGUCGCCCAGCCCCACGGCCGCCCUGCUGCUGGAGUGGGGGCGCAAGCCCGACAGCACGGUGGGCGUGCUGAUGACCAAGCUGCGCGAGCUGGGGCGCCGCGACGCCGCCGACUUCCUCCUCAAGGGGGCGCCCGUGUUCAGGGUCAGCUCCGAGGCGCUGGCCACGCCCAACGGCUACGGACCCACCUGCAACGGCGGCGGCACCUCCUACAACUCCAUCAGCUCCGUCAUAUCACGAUAGAGGGAAAGGAGUGAGGGGGGAGAAGUCGGAGCAAAAUGUGCAAUUUCAGAUGGAGCGGGAGAGGCACUUGUUAAGGCCUCCAUCCUCCUAGCUCUCGUAUAAAUGAUAGGAUGAAUAUGUGAAGACUUUCCACGCUUUGUAUUCAUCCACGUCGCUGUCCCUGCUGUUUUGAAUGUUUGUCGGCUAACGCAUCUCAUAGAGAGGAUGUGCACGUCUGUUGAUCCCGUCUAUUCUAGUGCUUUCUAUCGAUAUAUUCAUCUCAUCAAGUUCGAUUUCUAAAAAUACUGCUAAACUGUAAAAAGCAAAACGAAAAAAAAAAAACUUCAACUAUAUCCCCAAAGGAUUUCCGACACGCUGAAUUUAUUCCAUGCAUUUUAAAAUGAGGUUUAUUUUGACAAUAUACUGUACAUUCUUCUAAGUGUGUACUAUUAAAAACGAUGGCAAAUUAAUGCUUGAGAGCACUAGCUGAGGCUGGAUAAGAUGUGAAGAGAGACGAGUGACAUUCAAGUGCCUUUUCAAUGGUAACUUGUCAAAGGACCACCUUUUUAAGACUACGAAUCGGACCCACCCUCUACCUCCACAAGACAGCUACCCAUUUGUAUUACUCUGCACAGAAUGGCUGUUAUUUGUGCUCAUGCAACAAAACCUCACUAUUAGCUUCUCUCUCUAUAAGAAGAGAAUUAGCUCAUGUGACUCUCGCUAAGCUGUGUGUGUGUAGGCGUACCACCAGAGGCCAAGAGCGCUUGGUAAAGAUCUGUUACACAUCAUGAUCCGUGUAAAUGUGUUCUCGUGUUCUGCUAAUGACCAGCUGGCUUAGGAGGGAAACACUCAAAAGCUCAUAGAUGUUUGAGGGAAGCUGUUUAUUGUUUUGAAGAAAGUCAGUAAAAACAAAAUAUGAAGUAACUUAUUUCUCCUGAGACUAAGAGACAGUUUCCCUUUGGCAGUGUAGUGAGGGUAACAUCAAAAGCACACACAGGCUUUUACCACAUUGGCAUGAUAAAACAUCCAGGCAAAUAUCAGCAUCUUGCCAUCUUGCAUCGUCAAAGACACGUACUUUGCUAUCUCAAACUUUUUUUCUUCAUGGAAGCUAAAGUUCAUGAGUCCUAUGGAUCCUAAGCUCUACAGUACUGAUAUCAUGUGAUGUGGACAGGAUGUCAUGUUCAGACAAGUUUCAGCAAGUCAUUACCACAUUGGCUGAUGUGUCAGAGCAUCCAGGCAGCUCAUCUGGGUGUGACCUGAGUGCUCAAAAGUAGGCUACUACUUGAUUUCCGUUCUGCUCCUUGAAGCAUCAUAUAUUAACGAGUCUCUCCAUUGAUUUAAGUAUCUCCAGGAGCUUGUUCUGAGUAACAUCAAUAAUAAUAUGAAACCACUUCUAGAUCAAUAAUAAUGAGUUUAAGUCAUGUUUCAGCCAGAUGACAUUUUUAGGCCCAGAGUAAGGAAAUUAUUGUCUUGGGUGUAGAGGGAUUCUUGUUCUUUGACAGCAAAAACUUUAAAAAGUUUUCUAUGGUGAAAUUAGCUAUUGCAUCUCUUUCAGCUAACAAGCCUUUGUGGUUUUUUUUGUGAUGGAUCAUAAACCAAACAAAACCGUUUUUAUACUGAGAGCAUGUGCAGAGCAGGGUACCGUUAUUGUUGUGUAAUCAAGGAAGUAUAGCUGAGAGCGAUACUGUUGCCCGCACUCAACUAAUGGACAUCCAUUGACUCAGUGGAACGUUGCAGUUGUGGAGAGAGGGAGCGUUCUCGAUCCCAGUCAGAGGAAAUGGUCUCCUGGAGCUCCGAGGAGAGAGUGAUCCUCCUGCUUAUUGUUCAGCGACUAAUUUGUGGCCUUCUCCAGGCGUUUUACCGCUCUCCGUGGGCCUCUGCACAGUGCUCGAUGAAGCCCAGCUCCUACUAUCAUUCCAUACGAGUAGUCUUCAUUACAAUUGAUAUAAAAAAUAAUUGAAUGUACAUCCGAAGAUUCGGACAGUCGGACUGAGCCGCAAAGAACUUGGGCAAACACAAAUGCCACAUGAGUUCUUGACACAAAGAACGCUUGACCAGGUGAAGGGUUAUGAAGAUUCACCUGAUGGUAACCCAUGAAUUUGGGAAGUACAGGGGGAGGCCACUUUCCCUCUGUCUGAACUGCAGUCAAGUUGGUAAAAAAUAUAUAUAUAUCUUAAAGGGAACCAAACGGAUGGUGUUUUGUCAUUCCAAAAGGCACAUUUUUAUAUAUUGUGAUUGAAUAUCCAUGUUAUUGAGGAGCUUUCUUGCUUUGUGUCGGGUUUUUCCCCUCUCUUUGUCGAGCAGUGGUUCUAUCACUUUUUCCCCUUGUGAGGCUCAAGCUAUAUGAUGUCCUUUUAGGGAAAAGGGUGUUAUUGUAUUUAAAAAGUCUUUGUACAGUCAUCUCUUUGCACAUGACCUUUGUUCUAUUUAUAUUAUGUUCUUAAAGCAUGUCUCAGAAUGUCAUUUCCUUAAUACUUCCUUUAAGUGUAGUACAUUUUAUAAUAAAUUGUUUACGUCACAA